AUGACCGUGGAAGUGGAGCUAAGAGGACCUUCCUCAAUACAGCUCUCCGCUUUGGCAUCAAGCAUAAAUGCAGCGGUCUCUGUCUAUUCACAAACCACCGACCCAUAUGAGAAAGAGGCAGCGCUUCGAAACAUAGAGCUUGCAUCAAAACAGCUCUCACAAUGCUCAGUAGAACCAAGAAGAUACCUCAUGGGAUUUCACUUUCAGCCCCACCAAGUUCUUUGCGUGCGGCUAGCCAUUGAGAUGCGUAUAUUUGACAAGCUUCCAACUUCAAGUCCUUUCACGGUAGAUAGCUUGGUCAAGUCAACCGGAACAGACUCUGAAUUUACCGGUCGAGUCAUACGUGGCCUUGCAGCCGUCGGCAUUUUGGAAGAAUUGCACGAAGGUACUUUCAAGCAAACGCCAGUCUCCAGAGAAUGGGCGAAUAAAAACAUGCAAUCCUACACCAAGCACGCGUGGGAUAAUAUUUUCAUGUGCAUGUCGAAGUAUAUGGAGUUCUUUAAAGAAAGAGGCUUCGUUAGUCCUUCAGAUCCGAUGAACUCGCCCUAUGCUUUUGCGAAAGGUGUUGAAGAUAUCGAUUUCUUCAAUAUAUUAUCACAGGACCCCAAAUCUGUGAAAGUAUUUAAUGAGGCCAUGACGAGCAUCAAGGAUCCUUUAGGAAGCAUGUAUGACUUUGGGAGCCUCCAGGCUAGGGAUGGCGAUGUUGCUCUUGUCGAUAUAGGUGGAGGGAAAGGACAAGUAUCCAAAGCAUACUGUUCACCUAUCCGGAACUUAAAGGAAAGUGCUACCGCAUACCUUCUUAAGUCCAUACUUCACAAUUGGCCCGAUGCAGAGUGUCGAACUAUUCUACGGAACUUGGCACCGGCAAUGAGAGGCUACAGCUCGAAGCUACUCAUCGUGGAGCUGGUCUUGUCUGACUCUAACCCAGACACUACAAAGGUAUUGUAUGAUAUUAACAUGCUUUUCUGCGCGGGAAAGGAGCGCAGCGUAAAGCAAUGGCAUACCUUGUUGGAAGGAACUGGAUUUCGAAUUCAGAGAAUUUUCGGAAUAGACAAUCCGGUGAGGAGUGUGAUGGAGGUUUUAUUGGACGAGUAG